AUGCAUUCACCCCAACCCAAGGGAGAGCCUGUCGACGUCGACGACGGCCGUGCCAGUGACGCCGGAUCAGAUGCCGGUGCAACGCCCGCGGGUCAGAGUGAGGUCGAAGCAGCCUACAUCUCCGGGCUGCCCCUCAUCAUCAUGGUCGGCGUGCUCUUCCUCGGGCAGUUCGUUAUUGGCCUGGACUCGAUCAUGGUUGGGCUCCUUGUUCCGACAUUGAUCAACGAGUUCGGCUCGGUGGCGGAUGUCGGCUGGUACGCAUCGAUAUACAUGAUGACGAUCGGGGCCAUGGCACCAACUCUCGGCAAGGUCUACACCGUCUUCCCCGUCAAAACCGUCUUUCUCGGGGUCUCGGUAGCCAUGCAACUGGGUUCCCUCCUUUGCGCGACGGCCAAGUCGUCCACGGCCUUCAUCGCCGGCCGAGCCGUCACCGGCUUCGCAGCGAGCGGCCUCCUCUGUGGCACUCAGAUAAUCACCGCGUCCAUGGUCCCCUUACAUUUGCGCCCUUGGUGUCUCGGCGUCGUGGGGUCCGGCGAGAUCGUGGCCACCAUGGCCGGGCCGGUCGUGAGCGGCUUCAUCAUCGAGCGGCUCGGUUGGCCCUGGUGCUUCUGGAUCAACAUUCCCGUCAUGGUCGCCCUGAUAGCCAUGGUAGCGCUGUUCUUCAAGCACGCCGGCCAGGCCGCCGGCUCGCAAGACGCGUCCUGGAGGGAAAAGGUGGCCUUGCUCGACCUCCCUGGCGGCACCGUCUUGGUGGGUGCCACGGUAUGCCUGCUGCAGGCGCUGAGUGCCGGCGGCGUUCGCAACUCUUGGACGGACGCUCGCGUCUUGACGCCCCUGAUACUGUCCGCCUUUCUGUUUGGCAUCACGGUUCUUCACCAAUACCGCAAAAAGGACAAGGCAACGAUCCCUCCACGCCUGUUCAAGAAUAGAGCCUACGUUGCCUGUCUGUUCUACGACAUGUUCUUUGCCGGAGCGCAGCUGAACCUGUUCUACUAUCUACCGUCCUGGAUCCAGGGAAUAGCCGGCUCGACUCCCGAUGAAGCGGCCCUCGAGAUGAUGCCCGCGCUGGCGGCGUCCAUUGUCGGCGGCUUUACCAAUGCCGGACUCGCCGCGUUCCUGGGUACCCUGCCCCCGGGCACGAUGAUGGGGACGACCCUGGUCUGCGUCGGGUCCGGUCUCCUGUUCUCGUUGAAGCCGCGGACGCUCAAGGCGCUGUGGAUGAGCUACGAGGCCUUGUUCGGCUUCGGCUGCGGCAUCUGCACCCAACAGGCGACCAUCGGUGCCCAGGCGGUUCUGUCAGACGCCGACAUCCCCAUCGGGCUCAGCAUCAUCAUCAUCGGGAAGCACAUCGCUGCGGCCGUAUUUAUAGCCGUCGCCCAGCAUCUGUUCGUGACGCGCCUGGCGCCGCUCUCGGAGCUGUUGCCCGACUUUGACGUGGCGUCCGGGGCCAACAUUGGGCACGACUAUCUCCGGAAGACUGUGCCUGCCGACAAGUUUGACGGUGCCCUUGGGUUGUACAACACCGCUCUCACCACGACGUUUGCCUUUUCCCUCUUCCUCGGGUGCGUGGCGUUUGUGUGUCUCUUCUUCAUUCCGUGGACGCCCCUGAAGAAGCGACCGGAACAAGAUGGGUACGAGCCUGCGAACGACUUUGAGCUGGAUUCCGUCGCGUCAGAGACCGACGCGGAGCCAAGGGGUCUGGGAGUGGACGAUGUUGGCGGGUAUACAGGCAGAGCGGGCAAUAAGGAAUUUGAUGUAUCUACAUAG